AUGAAACGUCAUCUUCAAGUUGGGAAGAAGAAUCCAAAAAGAGAAGCAGAGUACUGUUCUUUAGAUCCCUCUUGUUUCUCGGCCAAGGUCAUGCCUUCGACCCUACGCUGUGACUUACUGAAUCUUCCAAGGAGUUUUGUGAGGGCAAAUGGUCUAGAGACAAGAUGUGGAGAUAUUGUUCUGAUGAAUGAAAAAGGUAGAUCAUGGACUUCAUCUUUAAAACAAAGACAAUGUGGAAGAAGAAGUUACAUCACACGAGGAUGGAGAAGUUUCUGUAGUGCCAAUGGACUCAAGGCUGGAGAUUUCUUCACUUUCAGACUCAUCAAAAGAGGUGCAACACUGGUUCUACGUAAGUCUCCCUCCCACAGAGAAUCCAAAGAAGAAGCUGAUGAAAUAGAGUCCCUUUCCACGGAAUCUGAGAGGGAUGAAGAGAGCAACCAAGAUGAGAAAAGCCUCAAGAGGCAUAUAUCAAUAUGGAAAGCUUCAUCUUCACCAUCCCUAAACAGAUUUGUUACAAUAACUCUUAAACCUUACAAUGUCACAAAGUGUGUACUGUUUCUUCCCAAACCCUUCACAGAUCUACAUGGCAUCACUGUGGGAACUAAACUGAGUCUGGUAGAUAAACAGGGUGUAAAGUGGUGUACGAAACUGCGUUCUGAAGGUACAAGAAUAAGAAUGACCGGAGGAUGGAAGGAUUUCUUCAAAGCUAACUGUGUAAAGACAGGCGAAUCAAUCAAGUUGAAGCUGAUUUGGGAAGAAGACACAAGUUGUGUCCUUAAGUUCUGCUCCAUAAUGAAGCCAUAG